UAGAGACAUCAGUGGGAGGGUUGGAAUAAUUUGGCGACCGGACAGAGGGAGGCAGUAUAAAAGGUUAGCUUUGAGGGGGGGCAAGUCAGGUCGAGAAGAAUUUGGUAUCAUCAUCACACAGGAUAUUUUACCACAGAUCAUGGCUGACUUUGACAUGGUUUUGAAGUGCUGGGGUCCAGUGGAGGCGGACUACACCACCCACGGGAAUCUGGUUCUGACCCGUUUGUUCAUGGAGCACCCGGACACUCAGAAGCUGUUCCCCAACUUUGUUGGCAUCCCUCAGGGUGACCUGGCCGGUAACGGAGCUGUUUCCGCCCACGGCGCCACUGUGCUAAAGAAACUUGGUGAACUGCUGAAGGCCAAAGGAAACCACGCUACCAUCCUGAAACCUCUGGCCAACAGCCACGCCACCAAGCACAAGAUCGCCAUUAACAACUUCAGGCUGAUUACCGAGGUCAUUAUUAAAGUCAUGGAGGAGAAGGCAGGGCUGGAUGCAGCCGGGCAACAGGCUCUGAGGAACGUGAUGGACGUCGUCAUCGCUGACAUUCAAGCAAACUACAAAGAGCUGGGCUUCGAAGGCUGAGAAUAAAUUUUGACCCAAGUCAUGUCGAGGUCAAAUGACAAGACAAGAAAUAUUCUGCAUGCAAGUGCUUUUAAAAAACAAAAAAAUGAUAAUCUAUUUGAAUUAAUAAACUAAUACAGCACCAUUGUAUAAUAGAGCUCCAGAUGUUGUCAGUUAAAAAACCCAAUGAAGAUUAAAUGUAAAGACUCUGUAAAGACUUCUAUCAAUUAUUACCAAUAAAACACUUUGUUGCUCAA